AUGUUCAUGUUCAUGAAAGACUAUAUGUGUUUAGUACUUGUAUUUACUUGGUUUGCUACUACCACCAAUGGUGCGACCACUAUUUCACCAGCUGGUCGUAGUUAUUCUAGCUCUGUCACUAUUAACAACAAGCUAUACGUUUUUGGUGGUGAUCCUUUUGGUGUAAUAGGAACUUCUCAGACACUAUAUCUUGAUAUAUCGCUCAUUGGUACAUCAAACCCAUGGUAUCUUUUAACUAAUAUACCUGCUAGAGUUUCUGCUGCCAAUGCAGUAUUUGAUGGCAAUAAAACAGUAUUUUUAAUUGAUCAUUCAAUAGUAUAUGAUUAUGAUAUAUCUAUUAAUCAAUGGCAUCAAACUGGAGCAAAUGGAAUUAUACCUAUAAGUAGGACCCAAGCAACCGCUGUAAUUGAUAAUAAUGGAAAGAUUUGGUAUUUCGGAGGAAGUAAUGCUACUACAAAUAUUUAUUUUAAUGACAUUAACUACUUCAAUACUAUUACUUAUUCUUGGUCUUUGGGUUCAACUGUAAAUGCUCCAACAGCACGUUUUGACAUGGUUUCAAUAUUUUUAUCAAAUGGACUAAUCCUUUAUAUUGGAGGUGUUGAUGCUAAUCUUAAUUAUAUUGAUAUGGCACAGAUUCCAAUUUAUGAUACGAUAAAGGGAAGUUGGUCGUCUAUGAACGCUUCUGGUGACAUUAUUCAAGGACGCGAGUUAUUUACUGCAGUAUUAGCACCGGAUGGGAAUAUUAUUAUUUAUGGAGGACAGAAUAUUAAAAAUUCACCUAUUCCAGUAAUGGCAAAUUUGAAUACAAAUACCUCACCAUAUAAAUGGACUUCUGAAUCACUUAGCCCACAUGCUCCACAAUACAUAACUGGUCAUGUAGCAGCAUUAAAUGGAUCUCAUAUGAUAAUUGCCCUUGGUGCUAUUUCUAAAAAUGGAACUUUUGACUUAAGUCAAAAUAAUGCUUUUGUUAAUAAUCUCAAUUACGAUAUUUAUGCGCUUAACCUACAAACCAACGUAUGGUCAGUAAAUUCUUCAACCGCAGUUACACCUACAUCUACAACUACACCAUAUAUUAUAGGUGCAAUUGUGGGUAUUAUUAUCUCUGUAGUAGUUGUUAUUGUAUGCGUAUUAGGAUUUAUAAUUUAUCGAAGAUACGAGAAAAGAAAGAAAGAUAAAGAAAUUAUUCUAAUACCAGGUAGUAGGAAUGAUGAAAUUAUCCAAAAACCAGGUAGUCGUGAUGAAGCUAUUCCAACGCCUGGUAGUGAUGCUUUGCGACAAAUAUAA